AUGCUGGGCGACCAGAUGCUUGAUGUGGUGAAGACCAGCAUGGCGGCAGACAGGACGUACCUCUUCGUGGUGCGGUAUGACGUCAUCGAGGGCCAAGCCCAAUUCAGGCAUAAGAUGUCGCUUGUGCCCAGCGUGGGGUCCCAGCUGCAUCGGGCGCUGAAGCAGACGGUGCACCAGCAGUACCAAAAAGCAGACAAGGUGCGCUACCACCGCAGCGCCCAGAACCCUGAGCUGGAGAAGCUAGAGCAGGAGAAGAGGACGCAGGAGGUGGCGCGGCUGAGGCCAGCCACCAUCGGCUAA